AUGGUCGCUACCAAGGAGCAUUGUUUCUACUGCUUUGACGUCCUUAUUGCCCAUUUGCAACAAGAACAAGCUCCUGAGGCAGAGUUUGAAGAUGCACCAUAUCCUCUCUUUGUUACUUGGAAUAUAGCGGCCUACGACGAAAAGCAUUUACGAGGAUGCAUUGGCAAUUUUAAUGCGAUGCCUCUACGACGAGGGUUAAAAGAAUAUGCUUUGACAAGUGCACUCCAUGAUCGGCGAUUCAACCCCAUCAGAUUGCAGGAAGUGCCACUCUUGUCAUGCGGGGUAUCCUUGUUGACCGAUUUUGAAGAAGGGGACGAUUAUCUUGAUUGGGAGAUUGGUAAACAUGGCAUUUGGAUUGAGUUUAUCAAUGAUCAUGGCCACAAGCGCACAGCUACCUAUUUGCCAGAAGUGAUACCGGAUCAAGGUUGGACCAAGGUUGAAGCCAUCGAUUCAUUAUUGCGUAAAGGUGGUUACCGUGGCAAGAUUGAUGACAAGGUGCGCAAAUCCAUAGUGCUUACACGAUACCAAUCCUCCAAAAACGAGGUAUCCUUUGAAGAGUACAAGAAUGCACGCCCUCAUAUGCUAGAUGCUUGA